CGUCAAGUCCCAGCUUUUACCGAUAUAAACAGACUCCAUUCUCUCUGUCAGGUUAAAAUCAUCACUGUCUUUUGGUAUUAGAAGCUCUCCUUUAGGGCAUCCAUUCUCUCUCUCUUGCUAUCAGAUGGAUCAGAGCAAAGAAAUAGCUCGAGACGUUUUUCCUUUCCUUCGGGUGUACAAAGAUGGAACCAUCGAGAGACUAGCAGGGACAGAAGUUUCUCAUGCUGGCUUAGAUCCUGAAACCGGAGUUUUGUCUAAAGACACGGUGAUCGUACCAGAAACUGGUGUCUCAGCCAGGCUCUACCGUCCCAAUUCAGCAAAAGGCAACCGGAAGCUUCCUCUCGUGAUCUACUAUCACGGUGGAGGUUUUUUCAUUUCAUCAGCUGCUGAUCCCAAGUACCACAACAGCCUCAACAGGCUAGUCGCUGAGGCUAACAUCGUUCUUGUUUCAGUUGACUAUAGGAUAGCCCCAGAGAAUCCUCUCCCAGCAGCAUAUGAUGACUCUUGGGCUGCGCUUCAGUGGGUGGCUGCCCAUGCUAAGGAAGAUGGUGGCAGCGAGGCAUGGCUUAAGGAUUACGUCGACUUUGGACGAGUGUUCUUGGCAGGAGAUAGCUGUGGCGCUAACGUGGCACAUCACUUCGCAUUGAAACUUAAGGACUGUGAACUGGGUCAUCAGAUAAACAUUCAAGCCAUCGCUAUGAUCUUUCCUUAUUUUUGGGGGAAAGAUCCAAUUGGCGUAGAAGUAACAGAUCAGGCGAGGAAAUCAAUGGUGGACAACUGGUGGUUGUUGGUAUGCCCAUCGGAGAAAGGAUGCGAUGAUCCUCUUAUUAACCCAUUCGCAGAUGGAUCCCCAAGUCUAGAGAGUCUUGCUUGUAAAAGACUGCUUGUUAUUGUUGCAGAGAAGGACAUAUUAAGGGACAGAGGAAGGCUGUACUAUGAAAAAAUGGUGAACAGCGAGUGGCAAGGAACCGCCAAGUUUAUGGAAGUACAAGGAGAAGAUCACGUCUUUCAUAUCCAUAAUCCUGACUGCGAGAAUGCAAAGAGCAUGUUCAAGGGUCUGGCUUCUUUCAUCAACCAAGCAUAGGGAUCCUGCUGUGGAGCGCAGAGCUUUCACUCGUGGAAUAAGACUACUCUUUAUGUUAAUUUAUGCUGUAAAACAAGACAAAUCUAUAUUUGGAUGCACAUAAUGAUUUCCAUUCCACUGCUAGUUUUCAGAAGUUUGCUUUCGCCA